AUGUCUGAUGUAGAGACAUCAUCCCGCAAGAGCCUGUCGGGCCGCCGACCGAGCUUCUCUUCGAUCCGAUCGCGCCUGCGCAAGCCCAGUCUCAAGAUGGGUAAGAGCAAGUCUCGCGCUGGCGACGACACCGCGCUCGACUCCGAGGAAGAAGAUGCAUCGGCAGACCGCAGCAAACGCUUUUCGAUGGCUUCCGACAAAUCGGUCCCGCCGCUCCCACCUCUGCCUCCACAAGUAACACAGCAGAGCCCCAGCCGUCCGAGCUUCACCGAGCAGUCGCGGUCAGCUUUGGAUCCUUCAGCUUCUGACAAUCACCUCGCCGACAAGAGAAGUUCCGUACUGAGCACAUCCUCUGCCGGCCAAGCGGCACCUGCACCUGAAGGCGAUGUGUCUGCCUUGGCACGCUCCGCACUCGGCAUGACCCUUGGCGCACAUACGUCCGAGGCGUCGCGGCCCGCCGGUGCCAACACGCCGGUCGCACAAGACGCAUUCAAGGAGACCAUCAACAUGACCAUGCUCUUCUUUGGCGGUACCGUGCUGGCCGCGUUGUUCGUGGCCAAGUAUAGCAUUCUAGCCGCAGCGACCAUCUCGAUCUGCAGCGGUCACAUCCUCUACAAAACCUUGACUCAGCGGGCAGACGACGCCAAAUGGGCGCUCGAGAUGCAAGCCGCAACCCAGCGCGCAGCCGGCUUGAACGAGGGCGAGGAGUCGGUCGAAUGGCUCAACAAGGCGCUCGCAACCGCGUGGCCGCUGAUCAACGCCGACUACUUUGCUCCGCUCGUGGAUCUGCUCGAGGACAGCCUGAUGACGCAGGUGCCCGGCGUCGUUCACAACGUCCGCGUCGAAGACAUGGACCAGGGCUCCAUCCCGCUUCGAGUCAAGAGCUUCCGCGUUCUUCCCUCCGACGAGUCGGCCUUCUUGCAAGGCGCCGUGGCGCAGGCGCGCAAGGAUGCCGGUCAAUCUGGCGCGGACGUGCCUUCGGGCUCGAACGAUGGCGACGCUGAUGACCCAGACACGGGCGUAGAUGUGGGCGACCACGUCAAUCUCGAAGUCACCUUCACCUAUCGAGGCGCCACUACCAAGAAAGGUCUCUUCCGCACUGCCACAAACAAUGCCUCGAGUCAGUCCAAGGCAUCCGGGAACGUCGCAGCGGGUCACCAGACUGAGUCCGACGACGAGCUCGAUCAGCUCAAGGACGUGCCGACCGAACGUAUUCACAUGUUACUGUACCUCAGCGUAGGAUUGCAGAAGAUCGCCGCGGUCGACAUCCCCGUGUGGAUCGAGAUGGUCGGUAUCGAGGGCAAGGCGCGCGUACGCCUCCAGAUGACACCUGUCGCUCCUUUCGUCAAGCAUGCGGCCGUCACGUUUGUGGGAGCACCCAAGCUGGAGAUCUCGGCGAAGCCGUUGGGCAAGAAGAUGGUGAUCGAUGCCAUGAACCUGCCGCUCAUGUCCUCCUACGUUCUCCACGCAGUCGAGGAUGUCAUCAAGGGCUUCAUUGCGCCUCUCUCCUACACAGUUGACGUUGCCGGUCUGCUUGGUGCUGGCGACGGCCCGCAAGACGUUUAUGCCGUUGGCGUCAUCUGCUUCGUCCUUCACCAAGCCGAUGAUUUGCCUGCGGCCGACUCCAACGGCCAGAGCGAUCCCUUCGUCCAGGCCUCGUUUGCGCGAGCUGGAAAGCCGCUCUUCACGUCGCGCAUCAUCCGCAAGCGGCGCGACGCGGUGUGGCAAGAGACGGGCUUCCUGCUCGUUUCACCCGACGAGGUGCGCGACCACGACCGCUUGCGCUUCACCGUCUUCGACGCCGAUCGUUUCUCCUCGGACGACCCGCUCGGCAAGAUCGAAAUUUCGCUGCACCGACUUAUCCGCAAGUUCCGCCCAGACGGUGUCGGCCGCAGCACCAAUCUGCUCGAGACGCGCACCGAUCAGCUACUGCCGAUGAGAAAAGGCGCUUCGGUCCAAGGUACCCUCAAAUACAGCGUGGGCUUCUUUGGGCUCGCCCAUGCUCCCGGUGCCGGUUUUGCCCCUUCGCGACGAAAGCUGCUUCGUGGCAUCACCACGACUGCUGCCGAUGACGCUGGCUCCAUCGAUCUCGUGUCUCCGGCUCACGGCGAGAGCCAGGCCGCUGACGACAAGAUCUUGCCUCCGAUCCCGGGGCAGGCAGCGUCGACGUCCGAAUCGGGAGCAGACGAUCUGAGCGCGUACAUGACUGGCUUCGAUCGUUUUGUCCACGGGCUUGGCUUGCCCAUGGACAACGAAACGCUACGCAAGAGGAAGCUGCGCAAAGAGCGUGUUCAAAACUUGGCGAGUAUGAUCGAAGGUGCAAAGCUAGCCACCGUUGACCCUCCUACCGUCGAAUUGCCUUCCGGCAUUCUGGCGUUCCACAUCCACUCGAUCACGGGCCUUGAAGUGCCUGGGACGCAAAAGUCGCUGGGUGGCUCGUCGAAGCGACUCUCGCAAAAGUCGAGGAACGGCCCGGCGCCGACCGACGAGAGCCAAGCCGAGGGCGGAUCGGCAGGGAAGCUUCCGUCUUCUUAUGUGCAAGUCUUCCUCAACGACGAGGCCAUCUUCCGCACCAGGACCAAAUCGCUCAACCCAAGGCCAUACAUCAAUGCAGGCAGCGAGCGCUUCGUCGGUGACUGGACGACGGCACGGAUCGACUUUACAGUGCGCGACGCCCGCAUGCGCGAGAGCGAUCCGAUCCUUGGCUGUGUCGGGCUGCGUCUCGCCGAUGUUCUCACAGAAAGCAGCCGCACCACCGGCUGGUACACGCUCACCGGCGGACUCGGCUACGGCAAGAUCCGGAUCACGCUUCUCUUCCGCAGUGUCGAGCUGUCGGUGCCGCGACCGCUGCGCGGAUGGAAUGUGGGCAUCGUGGAGGUGGCGAGCAUCAAAGCGACGGGCGUUCCUCAAUCCCUGCUCGACAAGAAGCCUGCUCACAUCUCGCUCGAGACGGUCGGCGGCAAAGUGAGCACCGACGAUGUUGAUGCGGCCGAGGACUACGAGUCAGGCAUGGGCGAAGACGCUACUGUCAGCUACGCGUUCCCGCUCAAGGAGCCUAUCCGGCUGCCCGUGCGCCAAAGAUAUCCGAACUCGCUCUACAUCAGCCUGCGAACCGACUCUCGCAUGCCUGGGCGCACGCACCACCAUGCCUGGGCGUUUGUGCCGCUGAACCGCAUCUCGGACGAGACGCGGAUCCAGCGUCGUCUGCGGCUGUUCGAGACGUCGGAUUGGGAUCGCGUGGAGCAAGACGUGCUACGCGCCACGAGCGAUCCUGAGCUGCUGCAGACAGAAAAGGAGACGCCGAAAGCCAAGCUGCUGCCGGCGCUGGAAGAGAUUUGUCGUACAGGCUCGGCAGUAAUCUCGGACGAAGCGCUCCGGGCUGCGCAACUGCGAGCGGUAGGCUGGAUCGAGAUUGACAUGAUCUUCCACCGCGGCAUUGCGCCUGAGCAUCGCUCGUGCACCGCGGGCGAUAACGAGAUGCGAUUUGCGUACGAUACGUACAUGACGCUUCAGGAUGCAGGUGAGCGCGCCCGCCCGCGCACGCUCGCCAACGAGCGACUGCGCCAGUCGAGUAAAGCUUCCAAGCUCACAGUCAACACGGCGGGAUCCGUCGCGCCUGGCGCCGAGGGAGGGGAGCCCGUGCGACCUCAGACGCACCGAAGGAUUCUAUCCAACGCAUCUGCUCGCGGCCUUGUGACCGAGGAGCCCGGAUCGCUAGGAGAGGACGGCGACGGCGGCGACGGGGACGAAGACUCGCUGUACGCGCUGUCUCUGACCGAAACCGAGCUGGAUCAACUGGCUGACGAGGAUGCGGACUCGGACAGCCCCGAAGGACGCCGUGCCAGGGCGAGGGCUCUGCAUCGACACGAACGAGGCGCGGCGCAAGUCAAGGGCUUCCGAACGCUCACGUGGAUGAAGACCAACGCCGAAGACGGCAUGGCCAAGAUGAAGCGACAGUUUGGCAAGCAGUCGAAACGCAUGGGCAAGAUGGAGGCUGAAGGCAUCUCGCACUUUUAA